AUGAAGGGCAUCUUCAGCCUUUCGUUGCUCCCGUUGCUUACGGCUGCCUCCCCUGUCUUCGUUGACUCCAUUCACAAUGAAGCUGCCCCCGUUCUCUCAUCCAUGAACUCUCAGGAGGUCCCCGACUCAUACAUCGUCGUUUUCAAGAAGCACGUUAAACCCAGCUCCGCUUCUGUUCACCACAGCUGGGUGCAGGAUAUCCACGCUUCUCAGAAUGAGCGUACUGAGCUGAAGAAGCGGUCGCUCUUUGGCUUCGCUGAACCUGAAUACCUUGGUCUAAAGCAUACAUUCAGCGUUGGUGAAUCUCUUUUGGGUUACGCUGGUCACUUCCACGAGGAUGUGAUCGAGCAAGUCCGCAGACACCCGGAUGUCGAGUUCAUCGAGAAAGACUCCGCAGUCCACACCAUGGGUGACUUCCACACGCUGGAAGAAAGUGAAGUCGAGAAGAGUGCUCCUUGGGGUCUGGCUCGUAUUUCCCACCGGGACAGCCUCUCCUUUGGCACCUUCAACAAAUAUUUGUAUGCUGGUGAGGGCGGCGAGGGUGUCGACGCCUACACCAUUGACACUGGUAUCAAUGUUGACCACGUCGACUUCGAAGGUCGUGCUCACUGGGGCAAGACCAUCCCCAACAACGAUGAAGAUGAAGAUGGCAAUGGACACGGAACCCACUGCUCCGGAACUAUUGCUGGCAAGAAGUACGGCGUCGCUAAAAAGGCCAACGUAUACGCUGUCAAGGUCCUCAGAUCCUCUGGCUCUGGUACCAUGUCCGACGUCAUCAAGGGUGUUGAGUGGGCCGUUGAGGCUCACACCAAGAAGGUCAAGGCUGCCAAGGAUGGCAAGGCCAAGGGCUUCAAGGGUAGCGUUGCUAACAUGAGUCUUGGUGGUGGCAAGUCCCCGGUUUUGGAGAUGGCUGUCGAUGCUGGUGUUGAUGCUGGUCUUCACUUCGCCGUUGCGGCUGGUAAUGACAACGCUGACGCCUGCGGCUACUCUCCGGCUGCUUCCGAGAAGGCUGUGACUGUUGGCGCUUCUACUCUCGCUGACGAGCGUGCCUACUUCUCUAACUACGGCAAGUGCACAGACAUCUUCGCCCCUGGUCUGAACAUUCUGUCCACCUGGACCGGCAGCAAGCACGCUGUCAACACCAUCUCGGGUACCUCCAUGGCCUCGCCUCACAUUGCUGGUCUCUUGGCCUACUUCGUCUCUCUCCAGCCUUCCAAGGACUCUGCCUUUGCUGUUGCCGACAUCACUCCUGAGAAGCUCAAGAAGGACAUCAUCAGCAUUGCCACCAAGGGAGCUCUCGAUGACAUCCCGUCCGAUACCCCUAACCUCCUUGCCUGGAACGGCGGUGGUGCCACCAACUACAGUGACAUCGUCUCCGAGGGUGGCUACGACGCUUCUUCCAAGCAUGCCUCUGCUGAGGUGACCCUUGACAAGAUGGUCAACAAGGCCGAGAAACUCACCGAGGAGCUCGGUGCCAUCUACAGCGAGAUCAAGGAUGCUUUUGUUGCUUAA